AUGCAGCAACGCCGAGAUGAGAUUCUCGCAAAGAAGGCAAAGCUCGCAGAGCUUAAGCGGCAGAGGGAGCUUCGGGCAAGCCAGGCCACGGCAACCCGCCAUAGCAUAGGAACCGCCAGCGACCUGAUCUCCCCGACGCCUGGCAGAGCUGAGAACCGUCGCGAGAUCGAGUCCCUCAUCAACAGCCUUGUCGGCGAGAGCCGGCCUGUUUCCGUGUCGACCGGGGCUAACUCGCCUGCGCGGCGCGGGAGUCGUCCUAACAGUGUCCUUAGUACUGGAGAGCUCAGCAACGAGACCUCGGACUUCCCCGUUCCUGCAAAUGGCCAGGUGGUCACUUCGCAGCCCCAGAUAUUGUCCACGGUCGCGCUCGCAACCGUCUACGAGUGCCCCCCGUCGCCGGUGAAGGAGGUUUUCUCGUACAGCAAAGGCGUACAGACGACAGAGGAAUGGACACCGCCGAUCAGGCCGCGCGCCCUGUCCGAGUCGGACAAUGAAGACGUGACGGCCACACCGAGCAAGCGGCCCAGCAGGAGGGAACGGGACCGGGAAGAGGAGCUAAGACAGAACCUACGGAGAGAGAUCGAGGAGGAGCUAAAAGCCGCCAAAGAGCUCGUGACGGACGGAGUAUUCAAGCCAUCAACGGCACCGAACUUCCCAGCCAGGGCUCUCACGACUGAGGAGCUCAGGGCAGUGACAUUGUCGGACGACUUCAUGGGCUUUAUCGACAGGUCGACCAAGGUGAUCGAGAAGGCGCUGGACCAGGAAUACGACAUCAUGACCGACUACACGCUGCAGGUGCACGACAUUGACGACGACGACGAGCAGCAUGGCAACACGGGGGGCAAGGGCCGGCGCAAGGUCAAGGAGCUGGCCCAGUUUUACGACGAGCGCUGGUCCAAGAAGCGCAUGAUAAGCUCGAUUGAUUUCUCUCCCAAGUUCAGCGAGCUUCUGCUUGCCUCGUACACCAAGAAUCCUACGGCACCGCACGACCCCGAUGGCAUCGUGCAGGUAUGGAACGCGCACCUCCAAGGCCGGCCGGAAUUCGUGUUCCACGCCCAGUCGGACAUCCUGACGGCCAGGUUUUCGCCCUUCCACCCCAAUCUCAUCAUCGGCGGCUCCUACAGCGGGCAGGUCCUGCUCUGGGACACGCGGGCGCGGGCGGCGCCCGUGCAGAAGACACCGCUCACGGGCUCAGGACACACGCAUCCAGUCUACUGCGUUGACAUGGUGGGCACACAAAACGCCAACAACAUCAUCUCAUGCUCCACCGACGGGGCCGUGUGCGGGUGGAGCGUCGACAUGCUCGCGCAGCCGCAGGAGUCGCUGACGCUGCUGGCGCCGCUGCCGGCCAAGAACGAAGAUUUGAGCCCUACAUGUAUGGCAUUCCCCGAGGCGGACCCGACAUUUUUCCUCGUGGGCUCCGAGGAGGGCACCAUCUUCCCGUGCCAUCGGUACGAUCGCGCCGGGGCCAAGGCAGGCGUUGACGCGCGCGUCAGCUACCGGGGACACGCGGCGCCCGUCAUGUCGGUCGACUUCCACCCGGCGCGCGGGCCCGUCGACCUUGGCGACCUGGUGCUGUCGGCCAGUCUCGACUGGAGCGUUAAGCUCUGGAAGGUGCGGGCACCCGCUGCCACUUCGGCCGUGGUGGUGGGCCCUGGGGGUUUGCCAAUCGGCUCGGGCGGUGUUGGUGGCGACGCCCACGUCGCUCCUUUGCUCGACUUUGUCCGCGAGGACGUCGUGUACGACGCCGCCUGGUCGCCCAUCAAGCCCGGCGUAUUCAGUCUCGUCGACGGUGCAGGCUGGCUCGAGCUGUGGGACAUCACGAUCGAGACAGAGGAGCCCGUCGCCCGCAUCUCGCCUAGCCCCCGCAAGGACGGCCGCACCAUGCUCAGCAAGAGUCUCAACAAGGUGGCCUGGGAGCCCACAGAGGGCAAGCGCCUCGCCACGGGCGGCAUCGACGGCUGCCUCACCCUCUUCGAGGUCGGCCCGGACCUCGGCGGGAAGGAAGGCCUUAAGACGGAGGACUGGCAGAAUGUCAAGAAACUCAUCACGCGUAUCGAGGCUGGCGGUGGAGUUGACGGCAAUGGUAAUGCCGUCGCCGGGUUGUAA